AUGCUGAUGGGGUUGCCCAGGUGCCGAGUUCUUUGUGCAAGACUCCAGAGAAGGUUUCCGACAAAGCCAACUGUUGUUUCAUUUUUCACUAAAUCCGGUGUGCAGCCUUUACUCAUACAGAUUGGAGACAAGGCUGAACUAACUAAAACGUUUACACAGAAGGAUGUUUUCACCUUUUCUGACUUAACAGGUGACACAAAUCCAUUACAUCUAGAUGAAGAAUAUGCAAAGAGGACAAGAUUUGGGAGAACAGUUGUACAUGGUGUAUUGAUCAAUGGACUUAUCUCUGCCGUUCUGGGAACUAAAAUGCCUGGCCAUGGCUGUAUUUUCCUUUCUCAGGAAAUUAAUUUUCCAGCCCCUUUAUUUGUAGGAGAAGAGAUUGUGGCUUCAGCAGAAGUGAAGAAAUUAAGGAAGUGUCUUGCUUAUAUUUCAGUAGCAUGUACUGUUGUAGAAAGUGGCAAGACUGUUAUGGAAGGUACUGUUAAAGUCAUGCUGCCAGAAGACCAGAAGUCCAAAACCUGAGCCAUUGUGUGAUUUAUUCUGUAACAUAACUUAUGAAUCGUGUGCAUGGGCAUACAUUUAAUGACUUUUAAGAAAAAGUAUCUUGUCAACUGUACAUUAAAUUCACUUAGCAACAGAAAGCA